AUGCACAACCCAAAGGAGAGUCUGUUCUUGGGAGUAGACGUCGGAACAUCCUCCGCACGAGCGGCCGUUGUUGAUGGUGAAGGAAGAAUAAAGGCUAUAGCGUCCCAUCCUUUGGAAAUAAACCACCCUUUAACGGACUACUAUGAGCAGUCCUCCGAUAAUAUCUGGGAGGCCUGCUGUAUGGCCGUACAGCAAGCAGUCGAUGUGUCAGGUGUUGAUGCUAGAUCCAUAAAAGGUAUUGGAUUUGAUGCUACCUGUAGUCUGGUAGCUCUUGAUGACCAGUACGGACCUGUCAGUGUGUCCCCGUCUGGCAACCCAAAAUGGAAUGUGAUUAUGUGGAUGGAUCAUCGAGCGCAGGAAGAAGCCGAUGAGAUGUCGGCUACGGGUCAUUCAGUUUUGAAAAGAACAGGUGGAAAGAUCAGUCCUGAAAUGUCUGCUGCGAAAAUCCUAUGGCUAUACCGUAAAUUGCCUGAGGCCUAUCAAAGCGCUCAAUUGCUCCUCGAACUGCCCGACUUCCUUACUCUCAAAGCUACUUCAUACUCCACUCGUGGGUUGAAUUCACUCAGCUGUAAAUGGACGUACGAAUCUGGCAAAGGAUGGAGUACGGACUUUUGGACUGCUCUGGGGAUGAGGGAUGUUGUCCAGGAUGGUUUCAAACGAUUUGGCGGCCAGCAGGUUGUUAAAGCAGGGGAGCCUAUUGGCCGAGGAUUAACCGAACAGGCAGCCAAGGAGUUGGGUCUAGGAGGAGCCGAGGGAGCAAAAGUCGGAGGCGCCGUAAUUGAUGCCUAUGCAGGCGCGCUUGGGACAAUUGGUGCUGAGAGUUCCCCUGGAACAGGCCUCUCACUUGAGCAUGUGCAAAAUCGCAUGGCAGUUAUCUGUGGAACCUCUUCUUGUCAUAUUGCAUUGUCUCCGCAUCAGGCCUUUGUGAGCGGAGUCUGGGGUCCCUACGCGGAUAUUCUCCUACCCGAUUUCCACAUAGCAGAAGGAGGCCAGUCAAUUACGGGUGCGCUUCUUCACCAUCUCAUCACGACGCAUCCCGCGUAUACCACUGCUCAGAAAGCCGCUCAGGCUGGCUCUCUGUCCAUUUACUCCUACCUUAACGCCUUAAUCGCACGAGAGUCCGAACGUUUACGAUUGCCGUUUUGGGCUCUUCUAACUCAGAAUAUACAUAUUACCCCGGAUUUCCACGGCAACCGCUCCCCACUAGCGGACCCGCAUAUUAAAGGUGCCAUGCUAGGGUGUGACCUAGAUACAAGCGAAACCAAUUUGAUAAAGUGCUAUUACGCGGGAGUAUUAAGUUUGUGCUAUGGGACGAGAAUGAUCAUCGAUGCUCUCAAGAAAGGCGGAUAUAACCUUAAUACGCUCUUCCUGAGCGGGGGUCUUACUCAGAACGAACUAUUUGUGCAAUCACUAGCGGACUGUUGUGGAUGUAGAACCAUUAUUCCAGAGGAGCGGGAUGCUGUACUGGUUGGUGCCGCUGUCAUUGGGGCUACAGCUUCUGAGUGGGGCAAGCAUAAUGAACGUGAGGUACUGUGGAAAUGGAUGAAAAAGAUGGGCAGGGUUGGAAAAGUUGUUGAGCCUUGCGUCGGGGAGGAGAGGAUAUUCCACGACAAGAAGUACAAUGUCUUUGUCAGGUUGUAUCAAGUUCAGCGAGAAGUUCGUGAUGUUAUGAGUGAAUUUAUCCAAUAAAAUUGACACUGGA